GAAAAAAAGAAUUAUUUUUAAGUGAAAAAUAGAUUGGUGAGUUUGGAAUUAGCUUUUUUUUUCUUCACAAAUAUAGAUGAUCCCUUCUGAAAUUAUUCGGAUAAAAAUAGAGAAUUUGGGGUGGAUUGUGUUAUGUUGCAGCGUGCAAGCCGAAGGAACUAAUUUCUUUGUUUUCUAUUCGUAUUGAAUGAAAAGGAUUGGUGUAUUUGUGAAUUGUGCAGGAGACGGAGAGAAAUGAAUCAACUCUCAAAUGCGUUUUCAUUGCUGAAUUUGGAUGUUGCAGAUAGCCAAGCUGAGAUUACUAAUGGAGAUACUGAUAGAGUAACAGGAGAAGCUGUAGAUGAGCGGGUUCAGAAGCUAGAAUCAGCUUCAGGAGAGUGCAAAUUGCCGCUUGUAUGGAUUGACCUUGAGAUGACCGGUUUGGAUAUUGAAGUUGAUAAAAUAUUGGAGAUUGCUUGUGUAGUUACUAAUGGAAAUUUGACAAAAUCAAUUGAGGGUCCUGAUUUGGUUAUACAUCAAGCUAAGCUGUGUCUAGACAAUAUGGGAACAUGGUGCCAAGAGCAUCAUGCAGCGAGCGGUUUGACUGAGAAGGUCCUUAAGAGUACAGUCACCGAAGAAGAAGCUGAAAAACUGGUUAUUGAAUUUGUGAAGAGAAAUAUUGGCACAUAUACACCAUUACUAGCAGGAAAUUCAGUCUACGUGGAUUUUCAAUUUUUGAAGAAAUAUAUGCCGAAUCUGGCUAGUCUAUUUUCACAUGUACUUGUUGAUGUUAGCAGUGUCAUGGCAUUGUGUCUUCGUUGGUAUCCAAGAGAUGGAAAAAAGGCACCUAAAAAGGAAAACAAGCACAGAGCUAUGGAUGACAUUAAGGAGAGCAUAGCAGAACUCAAAUACUACAAGGAACACAUAUUUAAAGCAUCCAAGUCCAAUAAGUAAUGGUGUGCAAAAUUUCCUAUUUCGCGGUUAUGGCUUCUUCUUUUAGGUUUUAGUAUAACCAACAUUAUGCUUGGCAGAAAUGUCUGUAAGUGUUUCAACAGGUAACCAAUUCAGUAGUAAGAUAUUAUCAUCUUAUGUGGCCUGGCCAAAAAGUGGAUGUGUGUGAAGGGAAAUAUCAGAAGAAUACUUCUUCUUGCCUUUACAGUAAUAGAUGAAAUCGGACUCGGUUGCAAUUUCAAGGACAAUGAAUUUUCCUUUCAGUUGGUUAGCAUGUAAAAGGAAUAUGCAAGUUGAUUCAAAUGGUUAUUUAAAUUUCUCAACGAACGAUGUCUUUUCCCUUUGGA